AUGUCUAAAAUAAAUGAAUGGCAUUAUUUUAGAUUUACUACUGCUGUUGCUGUCUGUGAAGAAGAGGAAAUUAUAUAUCUUAAAAUGCAAAUCGGUUCACUCUAUUUGAAACUAUUACUUAUUAAUACACGUAGAUAA